UGAAAGUUCAUAGUUUGCAGCAUAACAAAUAUGGAGCUACGGGGGGAGCUCAAAUAUAGAGACGGAAGAAAGAAAGAAUUAUUAAUAAAAACAGAAAAUAGUUUACCCUCAUUGAUAGUGGGGAUAAAGAAAUUGAACGCCGAGGUAUCGGUGCUUCUUACCGAGCUAGUUGUGCAAGAAAAACUUAACGGGGGCAGUGACGACCAGGGAGAUUUUGAAGCUGAUGAUGAUGGAGAGAAUGACAGUGACGACGAGGAGGAAGACACAAAAAUUGUGAUCAAGGCUCCUGUGUCAGAACCUCCAGCAAAACGAUCUAAAAGCCUGAGAACAUAAGGGCUCAAGGGCCACAAUGGCGCCUGGUCCACUACAACAAAACUGUGGGAUUUAUACUUUGUCAUAACUCAUGUAUCAGGCAAAUAAUCUUCACCUCACAAAACGAGUGUAAUUUAGGUUUAUUUCUUGUUGACAGAUCAGAAAGUUGUUCUAGUGUUUGCCUUCUUGUAAAAAUGACUAUGAAUGACAUUUUCCAAAACAUUGUUUUUUUCUUCUAAUCCCAGGCCUUUUUUGUUUUUGUGUAACACCGUGCACUUACAAAAGAAAUACAAUCAGAAGCUCAAACAUACUCUUUCGAGAAAACAAACAUUAAGACAAGC